AUGUGGAGACGAACAUACCUACUUUUAUUACUGAUCCGUGUUUACUUCGCGUUAUCCCCUAGCUAUCUGCACCCGGAUGAGAAUUUCCAGGGCCCAGAAGUCUUUGGUGGUCGCAUAUUUUCUUAUCCUUCCAAGCUUCCCUGGGAAUUCACCACCGAUUUCCCGAUCCGCAGCGUCUUCCCAUUAUGGCCAACCUACGAGGUACCCAUGAGCCUCCUACAGUGGUUCUACACGGAGAUCGGGCAAGGGAACCCACCACCACAAUUCGUAUACUAUGCGCUGCGGGGUGUCAUGUUUCUCCUGAGCUUUGUGCUCGAGGACUGGGCGGUCUAUGAGCUGGUGCCCUCCCCGCGGCACCGGCGCGCGACAGUUGUCCUCGUGGCCUCGUCCUAUGUCACUUGGACAUAUCAGACGCACACUUUCUCCAACUCCUUGGAGACUCUUCUAGUAGCCUGGGGAUUAGUGCUGAUUCGUCGUAUUGUCGAAAACAAGGUUCGUUCCGCAAUACCCCAGUAUUUCUCACAAGGUUGGAUACUAACUCGUCGCCUUCAGCACUCAUCCUUCUUCUCCUAUGCCGUCCUGUCCUUCAUAUCCGUGGCAGGCGUUUUUAAUCGCAUCACCUUCCCUGCUUUUCUAUUAUUCCCAGGCCUACAACUACUUCCCUACUUCAAGCGCAGACCGACAUCCCUAAUCGCUUUCCUCGGCUUUGGGCUUCUCUUCGCCUCCAUAGCGAUUUUCAUCGAUACAUCCUUCUACCGACCAUCCGCCUCAUUCCUAGACAUCAUACGCAACCCAAUAAUCACCCCUCUCAAUAAUAUCCUCUACAACUCCGACUCGACAAACCUCGCAACCCAUGGCCUCCACCCACACCACCAACACUUCGUCGCCAAUCUCUUCCAGCUCCUAGGACCUGCAUACAUAGCCAUGAUUCUCUCCCUAUUCAGCUGGCCCAUCGUGCCACCAUGGAUGCGAAACACCCGCGCCCUCUCAGCAGUCUCCGCAACAGUCCUGCUCUCCAUCUUCCCACACCAAGAGCCCCGCUUCUUAAUCCCCUGCGUUCCCCUCCUCCUAAGCUGCGUCCGCAUGCACCGCUCCCGGAUCUUCCUCGCAACAUGGAUAAUUUUCAACGCCGUCAUGGGAUUCCUAAUGGGCGUCUACCACCAAGGCGGCGUGGUGCCCGCCCAACUAGCGAUGCGAUCUAUAGUUGACUCCAACACCGUGGCGCAGGGUAUAAAAUCACACCCAGACGCAACGGUAUUCUGGUGGAAGACCUAUUCUCCGCCUCACUGGCUUCUGGGUCCUCAGCAGGGAAACCAUACCGGUUUAAUCGAUACGGUGGAUCUAAUGGGUCUUCCGGGGUUGGAAAUGAUUCAACAACUUGAUUCAGUCGCUCCUCGCUGCCCAUACUCCUCUCCAAUUUACCUCGUUGCCCCUACGUCAGCAACUUUCCUCGAUACAUUUAUCUCCCCAUCCUCUCUCUCCUCCCCGCAUACACCAAAUCUCCAACUCUACCGUUUAUGGUCCCACCGCAAACAUCUCAACCUAGAUGACCUCGACUUCGGUGAUGAUGGUGUCCUCAACACUCUAAACAGAGUAGUUGGUCGUCGUGGGUUAGGCGUCUGGUCUGUCCGACGGGCAUGUAAAUGA